AUGGCAGACAACGUUUAUCGAGGAAGCUGCCUAUGUGGUGGUAUCAGUUUCCAGGUUCACGGCAGCCCUGAAAAGGUCUUCAUGUGCUACUGUCAAGACUGUGUCAAAAACUCAGGAGCACCGUAUCAAGUUAAUGCUCAGCUGCAUGUUGAGACUAGCCUAAAUGCCACAGAAGGCAACUUUGUCAUCACAAAGACAACAAGCGGUGCAGAGAAGCACAAGAGAUUCUGCACACGGUGCGGCUGCACAUUGUGGACAAUUCCAAUGACCCAUAGCGGUGAAGCCGUCAUCUUACGUGCAGCUUUACUUGAUCAAGGGCUUGAGAAGCUACGACCCGAGGCGGAGUUCUUUGCUUCUUCUAAGCCUUCUUGGGUCAAGAGUCUAGACAACGUGAAAGCGUUUGAUACGAUGCCUGGUCGUUGA